UCUGUGAUCUCAUGAGCCACUUGUAUGGAUAUUUUGUUUCUUCCAACGACCUCAGUUUUGAUCCUCGAAUACUAAGAAAUGGGUGAACAUGGACAUGGACAUACACGUAGGUCAGAUUACUUGCAAUGGCAAAUGGUUGCACUGAAACAUCGUCAGGAGAAAGUUAUGAUCACAGAUCGUUCAAUUCAUAAAUUGCUACAUACAUACAAUAUUUCAGUUUUUGAGGAUGUGAACUAUCUUAAAACUCUCACAUAAUCUGAUGAACGCCGGUAUAGUUGAACCCUGACAGUGGGUUUACUGAGCAAAUAGCUGUGACAUGCUGAAAUUACGACCAUAGUAGCCGCCAGUAUUUAGUCAUGCACGGUUGAGCGAAGCUGUCAUGUUGUUUACCACUCUCACCUGACUCGACUGCUCUAUAAAACUCACCUUGCUAUGCCGCAAAUAGCCCAUUCAGCUCUCGGCGUCGCACGGCAGAGGGUGGCUGAGAUUUAACUUGGGAACUGCUAGUAUCUCAUAGCUACGUACAGUCUUCCACUCAUAUCUGUGAUUCUUUUCGGUACAGAAAUAGCAAGAAGGAUCUGAGACCGAACGAGAAACUCGUCCUGUCACAUACAUAUUUAAGAUAAAAGAUGCCGACUGAUCAGGAAAAAGGCACGGCAGGGCGAGGAUCGUCCUAUGACGUCAAAGUCGACGGGAGUGGAUCUAACUUCACUAAUGGCUACCAUGGCGAGAAGUCUGACGGGAAACCUGGCGGUGACGAGGAGGCUGCCGUGGUGUCGUGUGGACUGGGCGGCUGGAGGCCCGACUGUAUCCAGAAGUGCGCCAACCCCAAGAUGUUCUGUUUCGUCCUGGCGUGGUUCAUGUUCUUUGAGGGCCUGAUGUACAGCGGGUUCUUCAAAGGUGCGAUCACGUCCCUGGAGAAGCAGUUCCGCAUGACAAGCUCCGUCAGCGGAACUCUCGCGACAGUUGCCGAGAUUACGACCGUCAUCGUCGUCAGCGUCGUGACGUACAUGGGAGGAAAGUCUCACAGACCGGUCAUCGUGGGGAUCGGCUCCAUCCUACUUGGUGUCGGUGCGAUCCUCACGGGCGUCACCCAUUGGUGGGUGGAGAUCUACGACUACGGUGGUGCCGGUCAAAACCUGACCACCAAUCAGUGCACAGCCGGAAACGGAAGUGACGCUUGUGACCAAGGCGUGUCUACUGGCCUUCAUCCCCUGUUCCCGGUCCUUGUGGUGGCGCAGAUCAUCAUCGGACUCGGGAACACCCCCAUGAUGACACUUGGUAUCUCCUACAUGGAUGAUCAUGUGAAGAAGGCAGAUUCACCCCUUUAUCUUGCGUGUUGCUGGCUGAUGCUGGUGUUAGCCCCGGCCGUGGGCUUCCUCCUGUCCGCUAUUACUCUCACCUGGUGGGUGGACGUGGACCGUGUGGAUGUCUCAACCGUCGCCAUCACACCUCUAGACCCGCGGUGGCUGGGAGCAUGGUGGCUCGGGUUCCUGUUCUCCGGCGGACUGCUCAUCAUGAUGGGCGUGCCGUUCUUCUGCUUCCCGAGGGCGCUGAAAAAGCCAAACGAUGACUGGGACGACAUUAUGCCGGACGCACCGAAGAUGAUAGACACCGGAAAAGAAGGCCCCAAAGAGAUAUUAAUCGGGAUGUUCCGUGCCUCGAAGAGGAUCUUGACCAACUUCAUCUACAUGGGCAUCACCUUCAUGCAGGUGGCGGCGCUGAGUGUGACCUACGCCUUCGGUGUCUUCAUGCCCAAGUUCCUGGAGUCUCACUUCCAGCUCGCCGCUUCGGACGCCAACAGUCUCAUAGGCCUUGCUACCAUACCAGGAGCGGCUGUAGGACUGUUCUUCGGAGGCGCCAUAACCAUGAAGUUAAAGUGGAAAUCCGUCCGCUGUAUCAACUUCUGCAUGGUGACCAAUAUAGCGGUGGUUAUCAUGUACGGCGGGCUGUGGGCCUUCACCUGCGACAACCCCUACAUCCCGGGACUCACCUUGCCUUAUCGCAGUGAGAACCCAGCGAAUGGUAUCAACCUCCAGGCGCAGUGUAACACCAACUGCAGCUGCUCUGCCGAGCGGUUUGACCCGGUGUGUGGAACGGACUGGAUGACGUACUACUCGCCCUGCCAUGCGGGAUGCGCCGGUACUACAUACACCGGUCCCAUACCAGCAAACUACACAGACUGCAGCUGUGUCAUGGCUCCCACGUUCAGUGCCACACCAGGGAAGUGUUACACCGCGUGCUCAGCCAAGGCGCAGGGUUUCGUCGCCCUCAUGUUCUUCAUGGCGUUCCUGGCGGCGGCGGGACAGGCGCCUGCGUUUAUAGUUUUACUCAGAUCCGUGUCAGAGGCGGACAAGUCGUUUGCACUGGGCAUCAACUACAUGGCGCAGAGACUGUUUGCGAGCAUCCCUAGCCCCAUCUACUUCGGGGCGGCCAUCGACGGAGCCUGCCUCCUGUGGCAGACGACUUGCGGUCAGCGCGGCAACUGUUGGCUUUACGACAACACCCGUUUUCGGCAGUCCUACCUGGGUCUGGCCACUGCACUGCAGCUCCUCUCCAUCGUGUUCCUGGUCGGGGUGUGGAUCGCCAUCUACCAGCGGCAGCGCAAGAAGGACGCUAAAGAUCUAGAAGAUGGGGAAAAUGGUGAAGCGUCUGGUCAAACCCAGGACAAGAGACCGAUGUGGCCUCUAAGCCUGUUCCAGAGGCCCAUGUCCCGCAGGCAGUACAGCGAGGAGAGAAUCGGCCCCUAUGCGCUGUACGAUCCCAGAAGCCUGACUUACUCCACGGACACGAUCAACCAGGGUUACAGUAGUAAUGGGAUGGCAAAUCCAGCGUUUGUAUUGGAAACAACCACGUAAUCCUUGUCAAGUCACUUCUGAUUGCAACAUUGCAGCGUGGUAACGUUAGAAGUAUUAAAAGCACAUAGAGACUCAGAGACAUUUGCGUUUACUGAAAAGAAAGUGUAUAUCAUUUGGAAUCACCAUUAUUUGGAAGCGGCUUUAUUUGGAAGCAUCUCUAUAAAUAGCUUUUUCUCGGACAAAGUCACUGUGACUGUCCUAUUCAAACUGCUUGUGAAAUCAUAUAACAUGACCUGUACACUGUUUCAAUUAGUGAUGGUUAUAUUGUACAUAUUGACUUUCAGGUUACAAUGAGAAUGAUUUAUUCCUUGCUAUACAGGAAAGUAUUAUUCUGGCGUUUUCCUAGUAUAUUCUUUUAUUUGACGUUUAAGUAUGGUGUAUGUACGAACAUCUGUAAUAAGGUAACAACAUGAUUGCUUUACCAAAGUUGUCCAGUAUCCAAGUUAUGCUACCGUACGGUACAUGUCCACCCCUACUCUUGGUUGAUUUUGUAUUACUCUUUUUUAACCAAGCAGACUAUCAGCACUAAUGGCGCACAAAGUGUACCGCAUAUGUAUGUCAUGUCACAAUAUGGCAAUGGCGAUGUGUGUACUCAGUACCUCAUGAUAAAUUACCACGUUUAAAAACGUAAAACUGUUCUAUAUAUACCAGUAAUACAUGCCAUCUAUGCUGUU